AUGGACUACGACGGUGCCGUUAAAAUGGGUAGAGCAGCCGCCUGCUGGCGCAUCCAAGACUGCGGCUCCUGCCUUCACAGCAAACAUGGCUGCGGAUGGUGUCCUGUCUCCUCAACAUGCGUCCCAUCAACAAACCUCCUGGAUCCCAUCUCAAAGGCCGACAUAUGUCCUCUUCGAAGCGAACGCUUCGAGCUCAGAACCAAAGCUCUCGGCUGCAAUUGCUCAACCACCACACUUCUGAGCGUCAUUGUCACAGUCUUCGUCACCAUCGCGGCGCUGGGACUAGUCUAUGCUAUCUUCGCAGCUAUCAGAGACGUCCAUCCGUUCCUUGGGACGGGCAACUUUGAGGGCACCGAGUUGGAGAUUAAGGAGGAUGGGACUCGUGUUGAGAAGUCUUGGUGGCGCGAUAGCUGGAGGAAGUGGAUCUAUCGUGUUUUCGCCAGGCCAGACCUGAAUCAUGGCAGCGAGCAGGAAGUCAGGACUGAGCGCGCCAGGCUACUGGGAUGGUGA